AUGAUCAACAACUACGGGUGUACCGCUUACAGGGCGAUCCUGCCGUACCAAGAGUCGUACCGCGAGCUCUUGGGCCACACCACAGUAUGGCUUGGAGAUGAUCACCAUGUGGUUGCAUACCCUAACGGGAAUCCAAAGUACUCUCAACAGUGGAUGAACCUCGUACUGGUCAGACGAAGCGCACAGCAGGAGAACGAGAGCUGGGUAGAGCCUGUGGCGGUAGAGGAUAUGGUAAAAUUAUUCCACACGCCGUCUCCCGUUUUGAAUCGCAUCUUUGAAGACUUGGUACAGAGUCCCGAGCCUGUGUUCAAGUGGGGCCUGUACCUACACAAGCCCUUACCCUAUUGGUCUGUUGAUAAAAUCUCGUUGCUAGGCGACGCUGCGCACUCCAUGCUUCCCUUCAUGGCGCAGGGAGCCGGCAUGGCUAUCGAAGAUGCGCACGUGCUGGCUGCGUGUCUGAGUAGAGGUCUGCCUAUAGAGAGGGCUCUGGCGCUCUAUCAGAAGCUGCGAUUAGAACGCACCACGGCUGUACAGAGGGGUUCGGCGGAACACUCGGAUAUAUACCAUGCCUCGGGUGGGACUGCGGCAGUGCGUAACUCCCUUUUGAGCGCGGUUAACAACGUCAGCCCACACCUCAUGAAUCAACGAAUGGAUUGGAUAUACUCAUACGAUGCCACCAAGAGUGUACCCCGGCAGGAUUGUUCGUAGUUGAUAGCAUCAUGUGAAACGAGUUCGUGUCAUGCGUCCUCUCAGCAUCUCACUCAAAAUCUCAUGCGGAAACUCACCGUCUCAUGCGCCAAUGAAUGGGCUGGAUACUCUCUAACGACACAACCAAGAGGGUUUCUCAGCAGAAUAGCUCGUAGGGAAGAAGUUCGGGACUAGAUGACUCUCGUGAACCAAAGCAUGGGCUGUUUGUACCCAAUCGAUGUGAUGAAGUGCGUCCUCAAGCUGGACUGUCCGGGGGUGACCUGUUCGAAAGUAGUUUUGGGUGUGUAUCAGUCUUGCAGAGCCAUUCUCGAGGAUAGUGAUUAGUGGACAACUCAUGCAUCAUUGCCAUUUUUAAGGAUGGUAUUUGCUGAUACGAUGUGAACAGUGUGAUCUUCCAGCAGCAACGAAAUGGGAAUCACUUUUGGAGAUAUAUCGGUCCUUCGGCAGAAGCAUCCGGGUGGGUAUUAGUUAGUUUCUAGUUCAUGAACCAACGGUGUACCGGGUAUGCCGAUACGAUACAAUCGCUUAAUUUCAAGCAGCACUACAAGAUUAGUUGAAUUGAUCGUGUAUUUCACGAGCCAUCGAAUGGACUAGGUAACACUCGUAGGUGACGGAUCGAAGUGGGUUCCAUAUCUUAAAAAGGAGAAACAUCGUGUGUACUGGAUGUUCUCGUUCAAUGAGAUCGUGAGUGUCCCCUAAAGCAGGAAUAUGCGGAGAUGACUUACAACGAUGUGUAUCAUGCGACUUCUCAACACUGUAGGCUUUAUGACUCUAUGGUGUCAGAGCACUAGUAGUGGACUUUGGUAUUUCGAUCUACCUUAUGAAUUUCAUGUCGUUGCGUAACCACCCUGUCACUGCUUAUUCGGGCGUACUAUGGGUGUAUUCUUGUCUGGCACCGGUUAAAUUGAUUUGACCUAUGCACGUGCGACAGAGCUACCGGGUUGGCGGGAGCAGCGUGACAGAUUUAUGCAACAAAAACAGUAUCGCCACAGUAGAUGUAGGAGUAGAAAUUGAUUCGGCGGCAAAAUUAGUCAAAGCUAGUCAAAAUCAGUGGGUCAGAGACAAUUUCGUAGAGUAGAGAAGUCGAAGUGACUAACAGCAUGUGCAGUGAGUGGGUGCACGCAUGGGCCUACGCCCAAAUUGCCUGUGAGAGCUAGAGGUGUCGCAGCUUACGAUGUAAGCAUCAGAAACAUUCCUGGCAGACCACAUGGAACUCAAGUGAAGUACAGUGAAAUGCAGUCAUUCUUGUAGAUGACCGCUUUAUCGGUACGUACGCAAGGAAGCACUAUGGGUUUUUAGAUAGUUGGGAAUUCUUUCGUUAGAUCGUCGUAGAAACUGAUGUAGGGCUCUGUAAACCUCGUUAAACAUAAGAAAAUAGCCCAAGGCGAAAGUCGAGUAACGGGAUCAUGUAUACAUCUGAUAGGGUAUCAUUCAUGUAAGUGUAAUUUAGUUGGAUUCAAUAUGCUUUAGGGGUUUUUUAGGGGUAGAAAGUAGUUAAACGCAUCCUUGCAAUCAAUGUGGCCAAAUAUGUCGAGAAGAAUAAACUGGCAGGAGCCAGAAAUACGGUGAAUCUAUCUAACGUAAAUUCGAGUACCUCCCGCCAAAAUGGGCGGAGGUAGAACCUGCAUAUCGUACAAGUGAUGGCAGAAUAUCACUGUCGCAAAAUAAGUCAGAGACAAGGUGGA